AACUUAAGAAACAUUAGCUUUUAUUUCAACCUGGGCGACCAUAUCCGCGAAGUGCCCGAUCAGAGACCAGAAGUAAAAGAAGAUGCUACUCAAACUGCCAAUGUCUUUCAGUGGCAGGCAACUAUACAAGCCGAAUUAAGAUCAAUUAAUGAUUGGGUCAGAAAGAAUAGAUUCUAUAAUAUAAUCACAGAAUUCAAGGUCCCGCAGGAUACUAUUUAA